ACCCUAAUGCUAUAUGCUUUUCUGAAACGUUCUCACCACACGCCUUUUCUUUGUCACGGCUCUGCUCUUUUCCUUUUGAAAGGGUAAACGAAUCUCGUCCUCUUCAACUCUUCCACCGCCAUGGCCGAUCGCUUGACGCGUAUUGCCAUAGUUAGCAACGACAGGUGCAAGCCCAAGAAGUGUCGCCAGGAGUGCAAGAAGAGUUGUCCAGUGGUCAGAACCGGUAGAUUGUGUAUUGAGGUUACUUCAGCUUCGAAGAUUGCUUACAUUUCUGAGGAAUUGUGCAUUGGAUGCGGUAUUUGUGUUAAGAAAUGUCCUUUUGAAGCUAUUCAGAUUAUCAACUUGCCAAAGGACUUGGAUAAGGAUACUACUCACAGAUACGGUCCCAAUACUUUUAAGCUGCAUAGGUUGCCGGUGCCAAGGCCCGGACAGGUGCUUGGAUUGGUCGGGACGAAUGGGAUUGGGAAGUCCACUGCCCUUAAAGUUUUGGCUGGGAAGUUGAAGCCGAACUUGGGUCGAUUUACUAAUCCCCCUGACUGGCAGGAAAUUUUGACAUACUUUCGAGGAUCUGAAUUGCAGAAUUACUUUACUCGUAUUCUCGAGGAUGAUUUGAAGGCUAUCAUCAAGCCUCAGUAUGUUGACCAUAUUCCAAAAGCUGUGCAAGGAAAUGUGGGCCAGGUGCUAGACCAGAAAGAUGAGAGAGACAUGAAGAAGGAGCUUUGUGCAGAUCUUGAGCUUAAUCAAGUUAUAGAUCGUAAUGUUGGGGAUCUUUCAGGUGGUGAGCUCCAAAGGUUUGCCAUUGCGGUUGUUGCAAUCCAGAAUGCUGAGAUAUACAUGUUUGAUGAACCGUCCAGUUAUCUUGAUGUGAAACAGAGGCUGAAAGCUGCACAAGUUAUUCGAUCAUUGCUCAGGCCUAAUAGUUAUGUAAUUGUUGUAGAGCACGAUCUUAGUGUCUUGGACUACUUAUCAGACUUUAUUUGCUGUCUAUAUGGCAAACCUGGUGCAUAUGGAGUGGUGACACUUCCUUUCUCUGUCAGAGAAGGAAUUAACAUCUUCUUGGCUGGCUUUGUUCCGACAGAAAAUCUGAGGUUCCGGGAUGAUUCGCUAACCUUCAAGGUUGCUGAGACUCCACAGGAAAGUGCUGAGGAAGCUCAGACAUAUGCUCGAUAUAAAUACCCAACAAUGACCAAAACUCAAGGCAAUUUUAAACUUCGUGUAGUUGAAGGAGAAUUUACUGAUUCUCAGAUUAUUGUGAUGCUGGGUGAGAAUGGGACGGGAAAGACAACAUUCAUUCGUAUGCUGGCUGGUUUAUUGAAACCUGACAGCAUAGAAGGUGGAUCUGAUGUGGAGAUGCCUGAAUUUAAUGUUUCGUACAAGCCUCAGAAGAUUAGUCCGAAGUUCCAAUCAACUGUUAGGCACUUGCUACAUCAAAAAAUACGUGAUGCAUAUACUCAUCCCCAGUUUGUUUCAGAUGUGAUGAAGCCACUUCUUAUCGAACAGUUAAUGGACCAAGAAGUGGUGAAUCUUUCUGGAGGAGAGUUGCAGCGAGUUGCUCUGUGUCUCUGUCUUGGCAAGCCUGCAGAUAUCUAUCUGAUAGAUGAGCCAAGUGCAUAUCUAGAUUCUGAACAGCGAAUUCAUGCUGCCAAAGUGAUCAAGAGGUUUAUUCUUCAUGCAAAGAAAACGGCUUUUGUCGUUGAGCAUGAUUUCAUCAUGGCAACUUAUCUCGCAGACAGAGUUAUUGUUUAUGCUGGUCAACCAUCAAUUGAUUGUGUUGCAAAUUCUCCUCAAUCAUUGUUGUCUGGGAUGAACCUUUUCUUAUCGCAUCUUGAUAUCACAUUUAGAAGGGACCCAACUAAUUUUCGCCCAAGGAUCAACAAACUUGAUUCAACCAAGGACAGAGAACAAAAGUCUGCUGGGUCUUAUUAUUACCUUGAUGACUGAUUCCAUACUCACAGACUGUUGUUCUUUCACCAUUACAACAUUGCAUCAGUUUGAGCUUUUCAUGGGAUCUCAGAUUUAGUUAAUUUGAUGCCUUGAAAUAUAAGAUUGCCAUUUUUACCAAUGGCAUCUUUCUCAGUGAAUAGAAGAGCCUGCAUACAUGCUUAUGUUGGUUGGUGCAUUUGUACAUUUACCCUUAUAUUACUGCAGUUACUUAUCACCAGUUUUGCUACUACUUGGGUGGGUGAAUCUGAAUAUUACAUGGGUUUAAUUGGUCGAGAUUGGAACAUCAUGACGUCAGAUGGGGUUUAUCGCCACUUUGGCACAUAAUUUCAGUUGAGUAUGUAACGAAGUUUACUUUCAUUUAGAUAGAUAUCUCCUGUUUGGAAUAUAUUGCCGUUGAGAAAGUUGUUAAUCUUGAUGAAUAUUGUUUUCCUCUUGAAAAGUGGAGAUUAUUGUUGAUUUAA